ACAGCAGCAUGGAGAGCGGCGCGGCGGCCUCCUCCUACCCGCUGCACAGCUGGCACCCGCACGUGUACGCCCAGCCGCCCAAGAGUCCCACGCCGCACUCGAUCGCGCACAUCCUGGGAAUACGCGACGACACCCGGAACAACGACCAGCCACUAAACUUGUCGUGUCCGGGGCGCACGACUCAGCCGUCGUCGCCUGGUCUGGCCGCCUCGCCGAGGGCCUCGUCGACACACGACGCCAAGACGGCCCCGUCGCCGCUGCCCGCGCUCGGGACGCCCAGUCUGCCGCACGCCGACGCCCAGCUGGCGCUGCCCAAAGGCGUGCAGCGGCCAGUGCCCGUGCCAAAGGGCGCCAAGCGGAAGAAGGAACCGGGUGGCCGGGAGUCCGAGCAGCCGUCGGCGGCGGCGUCCCCGACGCCCGCCGUGACCAACCCGGGCGGCAGCCCCGGCAUCCCGUCCGGCGCCAGCCCCGGAGCCCAGCAGCCGAACUCGGCGAACCGGGCCCGGCUCUCGGAGAGCCCCGUCAACGGCGGCGAAAGUGGCGACAAAGCUGCCCGCAAGAAGAAGGCGCGCACCACGUUCACGGGACGACAGAUCUUCGAACUCGAGAGGCAAUUCGAGAUAAAGAAGUACCUGUCGUCCAGCGAGCGCGCGGAGAUGGCUAAACUACUAAACGUCACCGAGACGCAGGUGAAGAUCUGGUUCCAAAACCGGCGCACGAAGUGGAAGAAGCAGGAUGGCAUCUCCAACGCCGAGGCGGCCGAGCUGAAGAUCGGCGAGAAGGCGGCCAAAGCUAAGGGCACCGCAGCCGCGGCCAAGGUCUCCUCCAGUGAGCAGCCACUGGGCCUGACCAAGGCAGCCGGCGGUGCCAGUAGCCCGCUGCUUCCAGCUGCCGGCAGCAACAGCUCGUCUGCGCUUAGCGUCAACCACCACAGCUUCUCUGGAACCAACUCCGCCAAGCCGUCUCCGUGCGGCGUCAGUGAUCUCAGCAACCUUUCUUCUUCGGGCGACCGAACCGACGACAGCUCGCAGCACUACCCGCACUCGUCCGACUUGGACAAGAUGGAGAACGGAACCGCGGCCCUCAGCUCGGACGGCGCGGACGCCGCGUGCAGGGACUCCUCGCCCAACCUCGGCGCCGAGCAGCGGCCGUUCCGGGAGGCCGAGCUGGCGUCCCGAACCGGAGCGACGGCGGCCGCCGCCAAGCAGCACGGCGACGGCUUCGGGAUCGUCCCCAGCCCCAGGUCGUCGGCAGUGUUGGUUUGUGACGAGACGGACAAGUUCCAGGACAGCGGGCAGGUGGAACAGUGACCCGCGAGCCGAGACUAGGGCUUGCCCGCGCACGGGGUGCUCGCUCUGGCAGCAGCUACACGAUUGCCUUCUCCACCCGUGGUGCACGCGGUCGCGGGGUCUCCCCGCUUGGUUUGCGGCCUCCGGCGAACUGCGGGGCGGCGCUUCACUGUGGCGCAGCGCUGCUGGCCACGUCUUCCCCGAAAGGCGAAAGAUACCGCGUGGCCGACCCUUGGCCAGGACCGCUUGAAGGGGUGCCGUGAGGACGGGGAAAGACGAAGCGUCUUCUAAUGCCCUGUGAGGGUGGAAGGGACAGAAGACGGCCCUGUACGCGCCGGAACCGUUGCAAUCUCAGACGGGAGUCGAGAUGAUGACGCUUUCAACAGUCACAGUGAUCGCGAUCGGCCCUGGCGCAUCUUUCUUUCCUCUUUGAGAAGGCUGUACAAGGACCAUGUGCAAGAGUGUGCCAUUAACCAUCA